AUGGAACUGGUGCAGAAAGAGCACGAGCGGCUCUCCAAGAGACUCAAGGCUUCACAGAGCAUCAAGAAUGUCCAGGCCUCGAUCGACUUGCUGCAGUCCGCUCGGGAUUCCAUCGCCGCUGAUCCAACACAAGCGUCGAUCACCCUCGCCAAACUCCAAAAUCCCGUCAAGACUUCAUUUGAUUCGAUCAAUGAUAGCUUGAAGGAAACUCACAGUGGUUUGAAUAAGUACACCAAGUCUCUAGAUAAGCUUUUCAAAGACCGACCCCUCCCCAGCACCGAGCAUGAUGCUCUCUCCUCCCAAGAACAUUUAAUCAACCGCGCCAUUGCCAUGCACCUCCUCCGCGAGGGCCAGUUCUCCGUCGCGGCGACCUUUCUCUCCGAAAUCACUGAGAAGCGAGCGACAGCGCAUGCACUGGAUCCCAAAUCCACCGAUCAUGCUGUCAACCUGCUCGACGUCGACGAAGUCCCGUCUACCGAGAUCCGAAAGCAGUUCGCGGCGAUGUACUACAUCCUUCAGGAAAUGCAGGACAACUACAACCUCUUACCGGCCAUCGAAUGGUCAAGAGAGAACCGCGAGGCGCUGGAAGCUCGCGGCAGUAACCUGGAAUUCGAACUGUGUCGGCUGCAGUUUGUCUGGCUGUACCACGGCGCAUCGGACCAGCAGGGAACUGGGAUAGGUGGCCGGCAGGCAGCCCUGGAAUACGCCCGGCGCGAGUUCCACUCCUUUGUGCCCCGGUAUCUCCGGGAGAUCCAGCAGCUGAUGGGCGCGAUGGCCUUUUGUUCCAACCUGCAGGACUCGCCCUAUGGGUCCAUCUUCAACAAUCCGUCCGCGUGGGAGGAUGUCGCCCAUUCGUUUACGCGCGAGUUCUGCUCGCUGUUGGGAUUGUCCGCUGACUCGCCCCUGUAUAUCGCCGCCACCGCUGGUGCAAUUGCGCUGCCGACAUUGUUGAAGCUGCAGACGAUCAUGAAGGCCAAGCGGACGGAAUGGACGACCGAGAAUGAGCUUCCAGUAAGUGUGAACCCGACCGGCCACCUGUUUUUCCAGAUACUCACAGCCGUCCAGGUCGAAAUAUCGCUUCCUCCCUCGUACCUCUUCCACUCCAUUUUCGUCUGCCCCGUCUCCAAGGAGCAAGCGACUGACCAGAAUCCGCCGAUGAUGAUGCCAUGCGGGCACGUCAUUGCUGAGGAAUCAUUGAAGCGGCUGAGCAAGGGCAAUAGGUUCAAAUGCCCAUACUGCCCAAACGAGAGCCAUUUCAAGGAUGCUCGAAAGGUGUUCUUGUAA